AUGUUCAAGAACAUUUAUACACUCGCUACUGUUGCCUUUGCUUUGUUGGGCCUCACCGAAGCAAAACGUAAUGUCGUUUCAUCAACUGCCAAUGGUUCCGGUGCUGCAAUCGGUGUUGCAACUUACUCCACCGGUUUUAACGCAAGAUUCUUCGCUUAUGACGGUGGUGACUUGAUUGAUUUCAAUUGUGAUGAUUAUGUUGCUAACUCUUAUGCUUUAGGUAAAGUUAGAACAUCUACUAGCUUGGUUACCGAACCAAACUUUAGCUUUGGCUUCCCAGUCGAAGGUGAACAUGUCUAUGACAUGUAUAACAUCAACAUGUGGAAUGUCUUGGUCGAAUUGCAAGGUUACUUUGUUGCACCAGAAACUGGUUUAUACACAGUUACCUUCAAUGGCGUCAACGAUGGUGGUUUUAUCUGGCUGGGUGCAGGUGCAUUUGAAGCUUGUUCCCAAGAAAUCAAUGACAACUCCUAUGCUGAUGUUUUACUUGCUCUUAGAGGUGAUGGUGCACAUUCUUCCUUUGUUUAUCUUGAAGAAGGUGUUAUGUACCCAAUGAGAACCACUUUUAUCAACAUUUUCUUUGAUGCUGUUUUUGAUUUCGAAGUUGUGCGUCCAAAUGGUGACAUCAUCAGAAACUUCAAUGAAACUGUUAUUAACUUCGAUAAGAGAGACGCUGAGGUUUGUUUGCCUGUUCCAUUCGGUAGCCAGGUUUACUUCUCCACUGAGGUUAACUAUGGCUCCCAAUACUCUACCCCAUCUACUUCUUAUGGUCAAACAGUCACCAAUGGUAAAACUUAUGUUGUCGAAAACUUAUACGUUGCUGAACCAACCUCCACUAUCACUUCCACCGUCACUAACUCAUUUGCUGCAACAACCACCAUUACCUCAUAUGCUACUAGCAAUGGCACCCCAGCUCCAGUCGUUGUUGUUGUUGAUCAAACCUCCAUUCCAGAAUCAAGCUUGAUUACAUCAAAAUCCAAGCUCGUUACAGCUACCAUUAGCGGCCAAACUUUACCCCAGGCAACUGGUUGUAAAUUAACUGAAGACUUGAUGAAAAAGAAUCCUGGUUUCCAUGCUUCCCUUUUCAAAUAUGAUGGUUUCUUUGGUUUCUUAGACCCAGUUUACUAUGCUAACGACUACACCACUGAGCACCUAAUUGGUACUGCACACAACAUUACUUCUCCAAACUACUCCAUCAAUGCAUGCCUAUUCCAAACCGAUGAUAUUUAUGGCGCACAUUUGACAUCUUGGGAAGGUUAUGUUGCUCAAUUGACUGGUUACAUCUAUGCAUCAGAAUCCGGUCUUUAUGAAUUCUCCAUUGAUUAUUCCGACGACGGUUCCAUGGUCUGGAUUGGUACCAAUGAUGCCUUUGCAUGUUGUCAACCAGAUAACAUUCCAUACAACUCCGAGGGAGGCCGUUUAAUCUUUGCAGGUGAUGAAGAGAAGGUUACUGGUUAUGCCUACUUAACCGAAGGUUACUACUACCCAGUUAGAGUUGUUAUGGUUAACUGGUACGGUGAUUCUGCUUUAGAAAUGUCUAUGAUUACUCCAAGUGGUGUUGUUGUCAAGGAUGACUGGUCAAACUGGAUUGUUUCUGUAGAAGAUGAACAAGAAGGUUUCUGCGCAUGA